GAACCUUAAACCCUAGACAUUGGCUCAAUCCGACUUUAUUGUUGGGGUUUAUCGAACUCUAAAAUGGCAACUCGGUAUCUGAAUCAGUCUCUACUCACCACAGCCAGGCAAACCCUAAGUGCCAGCAUCUACCGUUCCUAUGCCAUAGUCUCAGCUGCUGCCUCAUCACCACACUCCUCUUUUGUCCGCCGUCUCCGGCCUCUCUUUGUCGCGGCAUCCGCUUCCCAUUUCCACGGCCUGGCCCCGGCGUUCUCCACAAGGGGGUUCGCGACCCGCCCUACAUCGUCUUCACUUAGUGAUCCGAAUCCGAACUGGUCGAACCGACCCCCGAAGGAGACGAUUCUGCUCGAUGGGUGUGACUUUGAGCAUUGGCUCGUUGUCAUGGAAAAGCCCGAGGGUGAACCCACCCGAGAUGAAAUCAUUGACAGUUACAUCAAAACCCUAGCCAAAGUCGUUGGAAGUGAGGAAGAAGCAAGAAUGAAAAUUUAUUCGGUCUCCACACGGCAUUACUUUGCAUUUGGAGCCCUUGUGGGGGAGGAAUUGUCUUACAAGUUGAAGGAAUUGCCUGGAGUUAGAUGGGUGCUUCCUGAUUCCUACUUGGAUGUCAAGAACAAGGAUUAUGGAGGGGAACCAUUUAUAAAUGGGCAGGCUGUGCCAUAUGACCCUAAAUACCAUGAGGAAUGGGUUAGAAACAAUGCUCGGGCAAAUGAGAGAAAUAGGCGGAAUGACAGGCCUCGUAACUUUGAUAGAUCGAGAAAUUUUGAGAGAAGAAGAGAUAUGCAGAUGUCUAAUCAGAACUCUGGAGCCAAUAUGGGUGGUCCAGCUGGUCACAUGGGAAGCCCACCAAACAUGGGUGUUCCACCUAAUAUGGGAGGAAUGCAGCAGCAACCCAACAACCCGGGAGGAAUGCAGCAACAGCCCAAUGUGGGAGGACCACCAAAUUACACGGGAGGUAUGCCGCCUAAUAUGGGAGGAAUGCAGCAGCCGCCCAACAACCCGGGAGGAAUGCAGCAACAGCCCAAUGUGGGAGGACCUCCAAAUUACAUGGGAGGUAUGCCACCUAAUAUGGGAGGAAUGCAGCAGCAGCCCAACAACCCGGGAGGAAUGCAGCAACAGCCCAACUUGGGAGGACCACCUAAUUACAUGGGAGGUAUGCCACCUAAUAUGGGAGGGAUGCAGCAGCAGCCCAACAACCCGGGAGGACCACCAAAUUACAUGGGAGGUGCGCCACCUAAUAUGAGAGGAGUGCAGCAGCAGCAGCCCAACAUGGGAGGACCCCCAAAUUACAUGGGAGGCGCGCCAAAUAAUAUGGGUUAUCCCCCAAACAAUGUGGGAGGAGUGCCCAACAACACAACAAAUUACCAGUAUCAGUCCAGGAAUGGGCCCAACACUGGAGGAAUGCCUCAUCAGUCAGGUCCAGGGCAAAAUCCAGGCAGCUAUGGUCCAAAUAUGGGAUCCGCUCCUGGACAUAAUCAGAGUGGCUAUGGUCCAAAUAUGGGGUCGGUUCCUGGACAAAAUCAGAGUAGCUAUAAUCCAAAUAUGGGAUCUGGUCCAGGACAAAACCAGAACUAUGCUCAAAAUUUUGGUGGCGAGAGCCCUUACCAAAACCAGAAUAUUCCUGGAAGAGAUGCCCCCACGUCCCAAUGAUCAGUAGACAUGUAGAUAUUAUGGAUGAGUUCAUAAACUAGUCCCUGUGGUAAUCUUAUUGAUGCUAAUUUUGGUUGACAUUGCUUUUAAUUUCUUCGAAUGUGCAAAUGGCCGCUCACGUUUCUAUAAUCUUUUAAUAUUUUCGACUUCCACAUUAGGUAUUAUGUCUGUUUAUUGCAUGAAUUUGGUUAUAAUCACUGGAUUUUGGAUGA